UAGCAUUUUUGAGGGCAUGAGUCUGCCUCAGGCUCCUUAUAAAUAACACACCUUGACUCAGUGUGCGGCCAGCACCCUUGAGACAUGUGGUGGAUACUGUUUUGGGGGGCCUUUAUUGGGCCAGGGAUCUGCAGCCGAGAAAAGUUUUUUGGGGACCAAGUUUUUAGGAUUAACGUCAGAAAUGGAGACGAGAUCCGAAAGCUGACUCAGCUAGUGGAUUCGGACAGCUUUAAGCUCAAUGUCUGGAAAUCUCCCUCCACUUUUGGUCGGCCUGUCGAUGUUCUGGUCCCUUCUGACAGUCUGUUGCCAUUCAAAUCCUUCCUGAACUCCCAAGGCUUGGGAUAUUCAGUGACAAUUGAAGACCUGCAGGCCCUCUUGGACAAUGAAGAUGAAGAAAUGCGUCACAACGAAGGGCAGGAGCGGAGUGGUGACACCUUCAACUAUGGCUCUUACCAUUCUCUGGAAGCUAUUUACCACGAGAUGGACAGCAUAGCCACAGAUUUUCCUGACCUGGCAAGCAGACUGAAGAUUGGACAGACGUUUGAAAAGCGGCCCAUGUAUGUUCUGAAGUUCAGCACGGGAGGAGGCAAGCAGAAGCCAGCCAUUUGGCUGAACGCAGGCAUCCAUUCCCGCGAGUGGAUCUCACAGGCAACUGCCAUCUGGACAGCGAGGAAGAUCGUGUCUGAUUAUCAGAAGGAUCGAGCUCUCACCUCCAUCUUGGAGGAGGUGGACAUUUUCUUGCUACCUGUGGCCAAUCCUGAUGGAUAUGUGUACACACAAACCCAAAACCGAUUAUGGAGGAAGACACGGUCCUUGAACCCAGGAAGCCGCUGCAUUGGGACUGACCCAAAUAGAAACUGGAACGCAAGUUUUGCAGGAGAGGGAGCCAGCAAUAACCCUUGUUCUGAAGUGUACCAUGGCCCACACCCCAAUUCUGAAGUGGAGGUGAAAGCGGUGGUGGAGUUUAUCCAACAGCAUGGGAAUUUCAAAUGCUUCAUUGAUUUGCACAGCUACUCACAACUGCUAAUGUAUCCCUAUGGGUACACGGUCAAGAAGGCCCCAGACAGCGAGGAGCUGGACGAUGUGGCGAGGCGUGCAGCUGAGGCCCUGGCUUCCCGGUCAGGUACAAAGUACCAAGUAGGCCCUACCUGCACCACUGUCUAUCCAGCCAGCGGGAGCAGCAUCGACUGGGCCUAUGACAAUGGCAUCAAGUAUGCCUUCACAUUUGAACUGAGAGACACGGGACACUACGGCUUCCUGCUGCCGGCCAACCAGAUCAUCCCCACUGCGGAGGAGACCUGGCUGGGGCUGAAGACCAUCAUGGAGCAUGUGCGGGACAAUCUCUACUAGACGAAGGGCCUCCAUGGUGAACCCAUCUAUCUACCCACUGCUGAGGCUACAGUGAAGGGAGCUCAGUCCUUCAUACGAGCCAGACUGCUCUGAGGUGGUAGAGAACAUAGCUUGGACUUUAUUCUGCGCUGUUCCUUGAAAGAUCAUGCAUCUGGCCUUUGGUAUGCCUCUCCUUCACACAGCUGGGGCAGGCCACACUCGAGGUCACAUUUUUUUUUUCUUCCUUCCUUCCUUGCUUUCUUCCUUCCUUCC